UAAUGUAAAUUGUAAUGCGGAAUUGCAGAAUGCUCCUCUAGACCAGGCCCCCAUGCGAGCAAUAUGAACGAUGCGGCUUUCUCGGGCUUCUACAGCGGCAUUGGCAACCAGCUGCACCCGCCCCUCCAUCAGCAGCAGCAGCAGCAACAGAGUCAGCACCAGCACCAGGAGCUGUCCCUGUCUACGCCCGUGCACGCCCUGGAGCCGGACACCAACUUCACCAGCUUCUUUGACGAUGACAUCGUGACCUGCGGCUCCACAUCCUCUUCCGCUAUCUGGCUGCCCAUACAGCUGGGUAACGGCAAUGUUCCCAAUGGAGGCAUCAAUGGAGCGAACAAGGCAGCCGCAGAGGUUCCCUUUGUCCAGAUCCACACCACGGACCUGCAGCAGCAGGCGCAGCCGGAGAAGAGCUAUCGCAAUGCCUUUCGCCGCAGGACGGCGGAGAUCAAGUCCGAGGAGUUGAUCAAAUCCGAGCUGGCCGAGGCCGCGGCCAAGGAGCGCCUGAAUGCCACGCCCACGCCACCCACACGCAACUCCAGCUGCGCCAGUGUCGAGGGAAAGGCCAUGGUCCAGGAGGCGCCGAUUCUCUUCAGGUGUCCCAACUGCCCGUUUCUCAGCCUCUGCCAGGUGAAGUCCAGCCAGCACGUGAACAAUUGUUUUGGAACCAGCGCCGAGCAGCAGAGACAGUGUCCAGGAUGCCCGAACAUCUUCUAUAGCAGCGAUGCCCUCAAUGUGCAUCUCAGCCUGGACCACCAAAUGGAUGACGAUGAGAUUGUGACCCUGCUAGGUGGCACAGGCACACCCCCUGAAGUAACCGGCAAUAAGCAGCCUCUGCCCAAGAGCCGAAUCUUCAUCAAGAGCGUGGACUGCCUGAGGGAGCCCCUCCAGGAUUUCCUGCCCCUUCUGCAGCAGAAUACCGAUACUCCAGUCACUGGCAACAUUCUCGAUCUACUCGAUGAAGUGGGAGAGACACCGGAACUGGCGUCCAGCACUGAACAAGUGGCGCCGCCCUGCCAGAAGCCCAGCCAGAAGAUAUCCAUUAAGAGCGUGGACGUAUUGAGGGAGCCUGCACUGCUGACCUUUGAUUUUCAGCUGCCCAAUGGCGGCCAGGAGAUGCCUCUGCUGGCGGACAGCAAUCUCGUGAGUGUGCCAGUGGUGGGGGGCGAGGUGGAACCGGAGAAGCCGCGUCAGCCCAAGAUCUAUAUCAGAAACGUGGACAUCCUCAAGGAGCCGAUGUUGCUGCCCUCCUCCCUGCCCGCCAUGGGCUUCAAUGGAGGCGUGGCCACAACACUAGCGAUGCAGAAUAAUGGUGGAGCAGGAGGAGCUGCCAGCGAUGUCUUCCAGGCGGAUACGUUACUCACGCCAACGGGUCCGCUGCCAGGAUUCGAGCCCAGCCUGGCGCCACUGGCCAACAUGUGCUCCGAACCAUUCCCCUUUGAUUCCGUGCUGAGUGUGAGCGGAGGUGGUGGCGCCUCCGCUCUGGAAAACACGCGCUUCAGUGCCUUGGACUUGGACUUUGGCGUAGAUUUUGACCAUGGCAUAGCGCCACUGCUCACAGAGGCCACCCCUCCGCCACCGCCGCCGCCGCCAGUGCAGUCCGGACUUUCGGAACUGGAGCAGCCCGUUGAACUGCAGCACUACCUGCCGCCGGCUCCGAGCACCACGAAGCAGAAGAUUUUCAUUAAGAACGUGGACAUCCUGAAGGCUCCCCAGCGGGGAACCCUCCACCUGCGCACCGUCGACGAGCUCAAUUUUAUGACCCGCAAUGAGGUGGAGCGCCUGAUAGUACCCAACCUGGAACCCAUGCCAAAAAUGGAGCCCCUAAUGGACCAGCAGCAGCAGCACACGCAGCCGCAGUCGCAGCCGCAGCCGCUGGACCCUCUGCAGCUGGAGUCGCAGAACUCUCAGACGCUUAGCGAGUUCCAGGCUCCUCUGAGCGGCAGCUGGCCGAGCGAGGACAGCUACGACCUGGCCGGGGAUCUGGAGUGCUGGCCCUGGAUCGAGGAGGCAGUUCAAGAGGUCAUACCCCUGGCUGAUCCAAAUGAGACUGCCGCUGCAGCCGAAACACAAGUGGAGGCCCUUCCCCAGUCCUCGGACGAUUUCCCCCAGUUGUAUCCCUCACCGCCAGAAGCAGUACAGAGCGGAGGAGAAGCAGUGCCUCCCCUGGUGCCCGUCAGCGCCUCAGAUGGCACUGCAGGCGCUGCCGCAGGCUCCGGCCCGAGCAGUCUGCCCCUUCCUCCCCUGGUUCCUCUGGCGGCGGAGGCGGGCGAGAAGCCGGGACGCAUCUAUGUGGCCAACAAUCUGCUGCCCGCCGCCGUGGAUCCGCUGCCGGGUGGCACUUCUGUGCGUGGGCGUCCCUAUGGAACCAAGCUGGCUGCAGGAAGCGGCGGAGGAAAACGAAAAGCAGCGCCGGGUAUCAGCCAGGUGUCCGAGGGAGGCAAGUGCCAGGUAGAAGGCUGCAUGUUUCGCUUCAAGUCGCCGGCGACGCUGGAGUAUCACGGACGCUGCCACAACGACGUACUGGGAUCAUCCCAACCGAUGGUCUGUCCGGAGUGCCGUUCGUCGGAGUUCAGCAACUGGAACUGCCUGCACACGCACCUGUGGCGCACACACCAGAUUGACAUGGAGCUCUACUGCUGCCAGCUGUGCAGCUUCAAGACGCCCAUCUACUCGCGUCUGGUCAACACCCACGCCAAGAUCCACUCCGAGGAGCGCAACUACAAGUGCGAGCAGUGCGGCAAGGGAUUCAAGAACACCAAGCAGCUGAAGAACCACAGACGGCUGCACCGUACCCAGGGACUUGGAAUGGGUAAAGUUUCGCAUCAAGAUCAGGCGACAGCCGAUGCCGAUGCUCCUCCUCCUCCUACUGCCAUCCUGCAUCGCUGCGGUGACUGUGGGGCGGCUUUCAAGCAGCGUAAGACCCUGCGCGAACACCUCUGCAAGGAGCGGAACGAACAGCCGCAGUGUUCCCUCUGCCAGCGGGUCUUCAGCUCCAAGAGCAGCCUCAAGCUACACCUGCGCAGCCACCAGGCGAACAAGCGCUUCCAGUGCGACACCUGCGAGUACGAGGCGAGUGACCACAACGCCUUUCGACGCCAUCUGGCUACGCAUCGGGACCGCAAGCGAUAUGCGUGUCCUCAUUGCGACUUUCGGGCGAUACAGAGCACUGCCUUUCGGAUACACCUGCAGAAGCGCCAUCCUGAGCAGGAGCUCUCGUCCAUUAUUUACAAGUGCGAUCUGUGCAGCUUCUCCAGCAUCAAUCAGGGCCUGCUGCAGGUUCAUCAGGCCAAGCACGAGGCAUCAUCAUCGCCCAACCAACAGCCGCCUACAGGGGUAUUUCCUGUCUCCCUACAUGUGGCACCACCUGAGGCAGUUGCUCUUGCUGUGGCUGCUCCCGAGGCAGUUCCAGUUCCAGGGACGGUCUCAACGCCAUCACAAAUCAAGGUGGAGACCAGUCUGCUGCUAGCUCAUUCCAGUACAAAUGUCGCCAAAACGCAGGCGGUUGGUCCUUUGGUAGAUGUCCUACAAUCCUCAUAAUCUUCCUUAUCCCCCAUCUGUAUAUCACACAAAGUGCCGUGUAGCUUAUACAACAAUUUUAUACCAAAUUAUACCAAUGUUAGU